AUGCUCUCAUCGAGAGACCUUACGAUUCGAACAACCCGUGAUGCGGCGUCCAGUAUCUAUAGCCGUGGCCCUGAGAUUCCUCCACUUCCUGUCCCACGCAAGCAAAAGCUGGGCAACUUCCCUGAGAGACAUGACCCAGCGGAAAUCAGCCUUCUCGACCAUCAAAUUGCCCUUGCUGGAGGGACGACGAUGGCCCUUGAAACUACUCGUACACGGCUUCAGAAUGCCAAACACGAGCGUCCACUCUCAUUGCCCGAAACAGUGGCAAAGAAGUGGGAGCAGUGGAAGCGCCAGGAAGACGAGAAUCGGUUCUUCGUGGAUUGCGUUCGCAUCCUAAAUGAUCUUACAGCUGUUGCGAUCGAGGUGUCGGAAAGUCUACUUCAGGAAACGAAAAAUCCAGUAUUGCAGCGCGACUCCGAGUCCCAGAUCAGCUCCGCGAGCAACGAGCGCGUAUUCAAGAUGAUUCAGAAGCUGGAGAAGACAUUGAUAGAGUCGCAAGGACGUGAAGUCCGAGCCAGGGUGAAGUGGGACAGCCGCUCAAAUCGUCCCUGCAUCCGUGCCCCAUCGUCGCGGUGGAUCUAA